UGUUUUCCUGUCAGCCGUCAUCAAAUCAGCUGUGCAUCACACACAGAGAACAUGUAACAUAAAUAAAUGUGCGUCUUAAAAUUAUUCGUGUGAAAAAUGUUUGUAAAGACUUAUACUACAACAUCUGCUAAAUGUUUAUGAUAAAUUCACGGCGGAAAAGACAUGGCGCAAUUGGCGCACCGGAGGAGCAGCGGCAUCAUCAGCCUGGCGUUUAACCAGGAGCAAGACUGCUUCGCGUGCUGCCUGAAGACCGGUUUGCGAAUAUAUAAUGUCGAGCCACUUGUUGAAAUAUCCCAUUUUAACCGGGAGGAGGUCGGCGAGGUGUUACUGUGCGAGAUGAUAGACCGCACCAACUGGCUCCUGUACGUGAGCGCUCGCCGCCCCAACAUUCUCAUGGCCUUCAAUGCCCGAGAACACUACCUGAUUGCUGAAGUGUCGUUCAAGGCACCCAUCAGAGCCAUCAAAGCAAGGAAAGACAAAGUGGCAAUAGUACUAAGCUCCACGAUACAAGUGCUGGCGAUACCAAAGCUCAACCGAGUGGCUUUGAUGCGGAUCCCGGCAGGCUGCCGGCCGCUGUGCACGAUAGCCACCGACGCCGCGGUCCCACAGCUGUUGGCUGCACCAGCACACCGCAAAGGAUGCGUGCAGAUCAUCGACGUAUCGCGAGUGGUAAGGGGUGCCCACUCAUCGUCUCCGGCAGUGAUGAACUGCCACCAGAACGACUUGGUCUGCAUGAGUUUAUCCCCGAACGGGACUCGGCUGGCCACUGCGUCUGAAAAGGGCACCAUCAUCCGCGUGUUCGACACUGGAACCAGGACCCCGCUGCAUGAGCUGCGACGAGGCUCCGACUAUGCCGACGUUUUUUGUAUAAACUUCAACGCUACCGGCACAUUAGUCAGCUGUGUGUCGGAUAAAGGCACGAUGCAUGUAUGGAGCGCGCGCGGCGCCUGGACUCACCUCGCCGCGGCAAAAGCAUUCCCUGACACACGCGCCCAAUGCGGCUUCAUUAACGAUAACACCGCCGUCAUGAUUUGUGAAGACGGUUCGUACCACAAGUUCUCAUUCGCAUCCGAGGGAAACUGCCACCGCACGGAUUUCGAUGUGUUUCUUCAGGUGGGCGACGACAACGAACUUCUCCUAUGAUGUUUUUUUAAACAAAAAUUGACUAUCAAAACUAUAAUUACGCCUAUAAUAAGUGAUAAAAAAACUGUGAAGUGAUUCUAUAUAUAUAUAGUAUAAUAUAAUUAUAAAUAACAUUAAUGAAACAACGCUUUCUGAAAAAUUCGUGAUAUUUUCACAAAAUGAUAAUACUAUUAUAAAGUUUUAACUAUAAUGUGUGAACUGCACACUUUCGCAGCUUGUUUAAGUAGUUAUAUAAUUAUAAAUACUAUAUUUUUCCGUAAAUUUAUGUAAAUGAUAGCCGAUUUCAUUACUACAAUAUCAAUUCGUAUAUUUAGCUAAUAAUUUCUAACAACUUUCAACUUAAGAGAACUACUAAUAAUUUAUGCGCAAACAUCUAAUCAUUGCGCUUAAAUUGCGCUAACGUCGUAUGGUUGCGCAACAGAUGAAAUUUUAAAUAAACGCAAGACCCAUCAGGUGCUAGUUAAAAUUAAAAACUUUUAGUGAUUUAGGAAGAAUAAUAACAUUGUAUUUACUCAUUGAAAUACUGUUGACUCCAUAAGUUUUGUCCAAAUUCUGUAGUAAAUCCAUUGUUAUUUUUUGUAUUUCCAAAAGUUUCUAAACCAAUUGUUUAGUCAUGGCUUUGCAUCCACAACCAGUUUUAGCGUUUAUUUUGUUAUAUAUUGUAGUAAGUUUAAAUACACCUUAAAUUCUGAAGUAUAAAGUUCAAAAUUCUUCCACUAUUGUUAGUAAUGAAAUCGGCUUAGAUAUUAGUCGUAUAAAUCCUCCUGUAAUAUUUGUUUGACUGAAAGGAGCGCCACUUAUCUAAACAUGGCACAAUAUAUUUAGUUUUGUUGAUAAGAUUAUUACACAGUCAACGAAAUAUAAUUAUGUAUAAAGCUCGCGAAUUGUACCCAAAGUUACUGUAAAAAAUUACUGUCCAUGUAAUUUUUUAUUUUAAUUAACUAAACAUAAUUUUUGAUGUUGGCAACCUUACAAAAGUAUUGCCAUGUUUAUAAUAUUUCGUAAUUCGUGUUUUAAGCUUUUGGAGAUAUGUUUCUUUGGAGACAGUUCACGAUCUUUGAUUUUAGUUUUUAAUUAAAUAUAAUAAAAAAUAGUUUACCAGGGCUUUCAAUGGUUAAAUUUUAGUUCGUUUGAAACUUGAUGGUAAAAGACAGAGGGCACUAAAUUGCAUUUUUACUUUUAGGUUCAAAAUGAAUGAGUCCGCUAUAUGAUUUUUUAUACAUAGCAUUAUUGUCACAUUAUUUAUGUAUAGAUGUGAAAUUGUAUCAAUUGUGUGUAUCAUAUUUAUAUGUAUUUUGAUAAUAUUUAAUAAUGUCGUUUUUCAACCCAUUCCAAAAAUAUAUUUAUCGAAAAGUAUAUUUUCUGAAGAAAAAAUGGGCUAUUUUGUCCCCAUAUAAGUAAUAUUUAUUGUCAUUUGCCACACUGGUUUUUGUUACCCUUAAUUAUUGAAAAAAGAGGCUUGACUACAGAGAUACGUACAUUUAUGAUAUUUUUACUAAAAUUACAAGCAUUACCUUUUGGCUAUGUUUGAUUUUAUUAAUAGACAACAGUACUGAGCUCGUAGAGGGUAAAAGGAGGGUGGGAUAGGCGGAAACAUACCAACACCACGAUACGCUGCGCAACGCACCGCGCGCUCAUUGGUCACUGCGGUGUCACACAGUCAUGAUUGGUCAAAUUAUGACACCUUUUAUUGAGCAUAAAAUGGUUUCGUUGCGCGGCGUGGCGAGGCUUAAAUGUUUCCACUUUUAUCGUUGCAAAAUAAAUAGGAGAUUGUAAAAAUCCUUCUAUAUCUGUGAAGAAAAUGUUUGUGAUGUAUUCUUUAUUGUAAUGCAAUAAAUAUGUUGUUGUUCAAUAGCCAUAGUUAUACAUAGUUACAUAUAAAAGCAAUAAAACAAUAUGUUAGCUUACUGGCGAUUAGUUAAUUAUGUAUACCAAGUUUCCGACACUGGAAAUCUUUUAUUUACCAUGGACUGGUUCCAUUUAGCGAAUAAUUGUGGUCUGAUCAUUUGUGUUCACAGUUUACUAAGAGACUCUGUUAUAUUAGCUGAAUUUGUAAUAGGUACAUGUUUUCUUGCGUCAUAUUUUAUAAUGCUUAUCAUUAAUCGUUGUUAUAUAAAAUCAUUUUGUAAAAUAAUUUUACUUUUUUCAGUCUAACUUUGUUUCUUGAGUUCCAUUGUUAUCGCUCAAUUUGAAAUUGUACCUUUUGCAUUUGCUCAUAAUUAGUGGAGUGGUCCUGAAAUUCAUUCUUUUAUAGUUAUAUUAUCUAAUUAAUCCUUUAACUUUAGAGUAAAAUUUCGUUGUUGUUUUAAAUAGACAUAUUUGAACUGAGAGAAUAUUUUAAGGUUUGAAGUAUAAAUCAGAAGCUUGUAUUAAGUGCAUUAUGCGAGCUGUUGUGUAAAAUUGUAAUGUAAAGUUAUAUGUAUAAUUGUGUAAAUAUUUCUGAUAGUCACACAUUAGUUUUUGUACUUGACAUUAGCAGAGUUACUUGUCUCAGCUUAGAAACUAUUUAAUCACUCUAGUAGUAAUUAUAGGACAACAGAUAUAUAUGAGCACACUCGGUCGGUGUAUAUACGGAGUUUCAGAAAUAAUGAUUUAUUUUUUUAUAUGAAUUGUAAAAACGACAGGGACUCCACUGUUUUGUAUAAAAGCUUUAGGGGUGUACUUAGUUGUGUACCCGGAUAGGAUUAUUUGGAAUUUUAACAUUAAAAUUUCCUUUUUUUUAUAAA